CUCCGUACAGAGGGAAUAGAGAAGACGUGUUGAUGACGUAUGCAAUAUCCAUUUUGUACAUUAUUCGCAGGUGUUGUCAAUUCGGUUGACUACUGGGUUAUAAACACGUAAUUUGUUAACCGUUAGCCUUCCAAGGCUAAAUAAGAAGGCAUCCUGGAAGAAGCGGGUGAACCGAAGAUCCCUACGCAGCAUGGAUUCUAUGUAACUCCGGCAAAAUGUAAUGAGGAGAUGGCUCCGGGAGAGAAAGAUCAACAGGGUACCAACCGUAUAGUGUUGGUCAAGAAAAUCAUCAUGAAAGAUGGGCCCACGGUAUGUUAAUUAAUCGUCUUUAUUUCGGUAGCCUAUUGUAACAGGAAAUGUAGCCUAUAGUAUAUGUGUAAUGUAACAAUGUAACCGAUUUCACAUAAACGGCAAAAGAUGGAGCAUCAGCUGUGAGCGCGCCUGCGGUAGCGGCAGGCUAUGACAUAAGCGGACAUUAUGUACUCGAGAUACCUUGUGAAAAAUGAAACGGCUCUGUCAGCCUACAGUGCGACACAUUCUUGCGCUAAAGCUAUUGCCAAUCCGUUUUGAAAUGUGGAUGAAUGUGUUAUUAGAUGAUCGAUAAUGAUAAGAUAUGGUUACGUUGGAAGCUCUAUUGGAAGGACGGGUAAUAUAUCGGGGUAGCGCCUUAAGGCCUAUAGCUGCGGAGGAGCUUAUUGAAGCCUGUAUAGUAUUGUUAUGCUGCUGCCAUUACAUAACAUCCCCCGGCUGCCUCCCAACGCUAGCUGUUUGCAUGGUAAUUCCAUAAUCAUGGAUUCAUAGACAGAAUGCAUUAUCAUGAUAAUGUUUUGUUUUCAAAUUCAUAUUUGUUUCUAUUUUGUAUAAUAGAGUCCCCCACAUUUGUAUUCAGGCUGAAUGGGUGUAGGCCUAUUUUCGUUUAAAAAAAUGUUUUAGCAGCAGCAACCUCUAUCCUUUCAUGAAAUGUUGUUGUUGAUGAUGCUGGCUGUGCUCUAGCCAAUAGCCAGCUGUCAGGACCAUAGAAGCUGUUACCUUGGAAAGGAAGGAUGACCUGGACCAAAAACAAAAUCACAGAUGGCCUAAUUAAAAAAACGAAAACAAUAUAUUUCAUACUAUACAGAUGUAGGAUCUUAAUUUGAUCACUCUUUUCAGAGAAUUUCCUUGCACAGCAGGAAAUGCAAACCUGUAGUGUAUUCAAGGUUUAACAAUACUUAUAUUAUUAGUCUGAGCUAUGCAUCAAAGUGGAUUGAGACAUUCAUUUUAGAUCAGUGGUUUUAUUUGUAACAAACAACACAACUAAAUGCUUAGGCCUGAUUCUAUUUUUUCACAACAUGGUAAGCAAGCAGCGAUUGAAUCUCCAUUAGGCCUGGCUACUGUAUGUCUAAUUCCACAGAUUAGGCUCGGUGAUUAUGACGUGAUUUCCACCUUGCAUGACAGCGAGCUGAGAUCACAACCACAUCCCACUCUCCUCCAUACAUAUUACAUACACACAGACAAACUCAGUGCACUCACUGUGAGGAACAGGGAUAGGAGUAGGACGCCCAACUCCAGUCUGUUAUGUAACGGCCAUGUCCCAAUCUUCCGAAGCUGCAGGCUGCAUCACUGUGCUGUGAAGUAGCUAGGGGCCUGUGCUCACCUAUCUUUGCCUUCCUCAAAUACCACUGACUGAAUGUUUUUCAGAGGUCCCCACGUGGAUGUCUUCAAAUAGAAAAGAAAGUGACUGAUUCACCUUGAAAGAGAAGUAGAGCAGUGGGAUUUCUUUAUCUUAUUGAUUUAGAUUCACACUGAUCAUUUAAUCUUGAUAAUUCCAUUCGGAAAGAUCUACAGUAUCAUUAGACUGUAGAGGCCCACCACAGAUCAAUAAAGGGUAGCCUUUCUGAAAUGCUGUUAAAGUAUUGGCCUUGGUUUCUCAAAUGACUGCCUCGCCUGGUUCACCAACUACUUCUCUGAUAGAGUACAAUGUGUCAAAUCGGAGGGCCUGUUGUCUGGACCUAUGGCAGUCUCUAUGGGGGUGCCACAGGGUUCAAUUCUUGGGCCGACUCUUUUCUCUGUGUAUAUCAAUGACGUCGCUCUUGCUGCUGGUGACUCUCAGAUCCUCCUCUACGCAGACGACACCAUUUUGUAUACAUCUGGCCCUUCAUUGGACACUGUGUUAACAAACCUCCAAACGAGCUUCAAUGCCAUACAACACUCCUUCAGUAGCCUCCAACUGCUCUUAAACACUAGUAAAACGAAAUGCAUGCUCUUCAACCGAACGCUGCUUGCACCCGCCCACCCGACUAGAAUCACUACUCUCGACGGGUCUGACCUAGAGUAUGUGGACAACUACAAAUACCUAGGUGUCUGGUUAGACUGUAAACUCUCCUUCCAGACUCACAUUAAGAAUCUCCAAUCCAAAGUUAAAUCUAGAAUCGGUUUCCUAUUUCGCAACAAAGCCUCCUUCACUCAUGCUGCCAAACAUGCCCUCGUAAAACUGACUAUCCUACCGAUCCUUGACUUCGGC